CUUUGUUUCAGGGAAACAAUUCGAUAGUAACGCUACCAGCCUUUUUGGAAAUCGCUGUCCCAAUGGCAGACCGAAAGGCAGAGUUAGAGAGAAAAAAAGCAAAGCUUCUUGCUAUGCGAGAAGAGAAGAAAAAGAGAGAGGAAAUUAAAAAAAUUGGGAUACAGGAUGCCGAAGUCACUGAUAUACGGCAAACAACUGAGGAUUUAUUGAAGGAUCUUGGCUUACCUGAACCCGUCGUGCCACAAGCUAUCAAUAUACGUGAACUAGAGUCACCAUCUCAAGAUACGAUUGACAGUAUUAUUCAACGUAAUUCCAAGAAACGAAAAAACUUGCAAGUUUCUGAUGUUUUCGAGAUCGCAAUUCCUCCUCCGGAAACAAUAAUUUACAGUAAGGAAACUCAAACCCUAGAAGAACCUCAAGAACGGGAAACAGGUCGUUCAACUGAUUAUUAUGUGUUAACAUACGAUGAAGGCAAUCAUGAUGAAGUGGAUGCUAGUGCUGCAUUAGCUGAACUAGAGAAAAUGCCUCAUAUCGGUGUCACUAAAGCCGGACAAACUCGUGGUAUCUUAGAUAAAAUCGAUGGAAUACGAACAAUGACUGAUAGUGUUGAUGAGAAUACUUUAAACUCUACUCAACGUAGUGAUAUUGUUAUAAUGUCCGAGGAGGAGAAAGCUCAAAUCUUAUCAUCGGAUGCUUUUCUACGGUUUUUUGAACGUUCUUCACGUAUAAUUGAACGAGCUAUUUGUUAUUCAGAUGAAGGUAUCUUUUUGGAUUAUUCCGGUGAAGAUCGUGAAACUGAAGAAUCUGAUGAAUUGUUAACUGUAUUGAAUGAAUUUUUCGAUGAACGAUGGUCGAAACAUCGUACAAUUACCGGUUUAGAUUGGUCAACUAUAUUUCCAGAAUUAUUACUCACCGCAUAUCAUAUGAAUGAAGAAGCUGUACAUGAACCUGAAGGUGUUUGUUUAAUGUGGAAUAUGAAAUAUCCAAAGAAAUUAACACCGGAAUUUAUAUUUCAUUGUCAAUCCCCGGUUACAUCGGCUAGUUUAUCACGUUUUCAUCCGAAUAUUGUAGUUGGUGGUACGUAUUCUGGACAAAUUGUUUUAUGGGAUAGUCGUGUUAAUAAACGAACACCAGUUCAACGCAGUCCACUAACAUCAUGGGCUCAUACGCAUCCAGUAUUUGCAAUCACAUUGAUUGGUACUCAGAAUGCUCACAAUAUCAUUAGCUUAGGAUCAGAUGGUUCAUUAUGUGCAUGGAGUUUGGAAAUGUUAGCACAACCUAGAGAGAAAAGUAAAGUUUGUGAAAUGUCUUCCGGUGGUCUGUUUGAUCUUUAUCCUACAUGUAUGUCGUUUUUUGCUAAUGAUGUGAAUAAUUAUGCUGUUGGUGCGGAAAAUGGUAAUGCGUAUUGUGGACAACGGCAUAGCAGUCGUACAGGUGUUGCAGAAGAAACUUCACGUCAUGUUCCAUACAAAGGUCAUGGUGCACCAUUGACAGCUAUCUCUACACAUCCUAGUCCUGGUGCUUUUAGUUUUUCAUCUCUGUUUCUCACUGCAUCAUUAGAUUGGACUGUACGUUUAUGGUCUACACGUGAACAUAAACCACUGCAUACAUUUGAUGAUUAUUCUGAUUAUGUGUAUGAUGUAUGCUGGAGUCCUGUACAUCCAGCUGUAUUUUCCGCUGUUGAUGGUACUGGAAAUUUAGAUGUAUGGGAUAUGAAUCAAGAUGCUGAAGUUCCUGUGGCUCGUCGCAAAUUGGGAAUAUCAAGUAAUGUCGACACCUCUUCAUCGUCAUCAUCUGGUCUAGUUGGUGUUGCCUUAAAUAAAUGCCGUUGGAAUGUUGCAGGUACACAUAUAGCUGUUGGAGAUGAUACCGGUCGUGUUACUAUUUGUAGUGUUCACGAAAGUCUUUCUCAACCUGUUACUGAUGACUGGUCUAGUUUUGCACAUGUAUUGGCUGAUCUUAAACACUAUGAAACGGAGCCCGAAGUAGAAACCGAAGCAUAAUCUUGUUUCCGGACAUGGUUUUGAUUUUUUUUUUUACACUUCUGUUAGUCAUACAUACUUCUUUCUAUGUAGUGCUAAUCAAUCAGCUUCAAUUUCGUUUUGGGAUGUGGUAAUUGAAACGGUAUUUGUAAGCUGACAUAAACAUAUUUCCUCUUCACGACAUAUAUGAAGUACUUUGGUACUGGUAUUAGAAAUAACUUCAAAUGGCUGUGUUGAGUUCCCUUUGAAAAAAUAUCUUUUAUUACUUAUAUUUUGGUUUAUUUUAACUCUAUCAAAUUAUGUAAACAAUUUAGGAUAAUGGUGUGCAAUGGAGUUUUUAAUCUCUUCACUUUUAUUUGACUAUCUUUACUUGUGAUAAUUCUGGUUAAUUUAAUAAUAUUUUGUCUUAUCACUUUACUUUCUAUGCUUCUAACUGAUACUUAAUUUAAAUAUAGCUGAAAAAUUAUUCGUUAUCUACGCUUUCCUUUGUUAUGCUUAUUCA